AUGCGUCGGGGGCGCCGCCGAGCAGCAGGCCACGGCCAAGGGCGCCGCUGGCGCCGCGGAGGGCUCCGGGUCCGGGGGCGGCGCGCUGGGCCUGGACCACGAGGCCCCCCUAAGGAGUCGGCCCCGAGCUGCCAGGACACGCAGGAGGGCCUGUGGUGCUACCGAGCCAUCGCGUGGCUCAAGCACGAGGGCGUGGCGAAGCACCCGACCUGGUACCCGACCCUCACCGUCUCGUCCUCUGUCCCGGCGUUCCAGAAGGUGUUGCACCAGGCCGGCAAGUCCGGUUGCCCCUUGCCCUGCGCGGAGAUCCCGGAGGAGAAGGACAACCGCCUGCGCGACAUGCUCGCUUCGUCGUGGGACGACACGGUGACGACUGCACCGCCGAGUUCGACGACGACGGAUAUCAAGGAGUAUUACGGCAAGGAAGAGGGCAUUGACUGCCAGGGCCUCAUUGGCGACCAGUGCUUCGUGGCGGUGUCGUGGGCCCUGGCCGAGGGUAUCAAGAAACACCCGGACUGGUACCCGGAGCUCUCGGCCUUCCCCAGCUUCCGGGAGGUGCAGGUACCGCAUUUGCCUUCGAGCUCCCAGCGCCGUCUCUCGUGCCCUCCCUCGGCCUAGGAGUGUUCCAGAGCCUCGCCCGCCCAGACGCGAAGUUCGGCUCCUCGGCCAACGGCGCUAGGGCCAUGCUUCGCGC